ACAAUCUGUCAGUCUUUCGGGGACCGGUAUUCAAUUUGGUCGCAUCGGGUAGUGUUCAGUUCGGUUGGACUUUCAUAGACAUUUGGGACAGGGGAGGCUCACAGCGGACAACCAGCCACCCACCCACCAGCCGACACUAUUCCAAGGAGUGUGGAUGGGAUAAGGAAUUUAUUUGAUUGUGUCGAGACUUAGACGGCGGUGAAGUGCAGUUUGGGGUAGGUCUUUCAAUUUCCACACUCAGAAGAAUAAUAAUAAUCUAGGAAGAGCUGGUAGUGGUUGGGUAGAAAUUAAAUGAGUGAUUUACUCUCGGUGUCUUGUGAUUAAUUAAUUAUAAUGAUUGUGAAAAUUGGAUCAAGUGUGACGCUACAACCUGAUGUGUGACAUGCCUUCGCAAUUAUGAGCUCAUGAGGGUUCAUUUCUUCUAGGCGUAAAUUAUUCCAGAGCAGAUCUUGCGGGUGAAUGCGAUAAGAGUUUUGAGCCUAAUAGAAUUCUGCUUGCAAGGCGCAAGGUUCUGGGCAACAGCGACUCGGGUGUCAAGUGCAGAACUUGCUUCUUAUCUCGGACUUCCGGUCGGUUAAUGCUGCUGAGUUGAGACUUACUAGGCGAGUUACGGGAAUAGUCGCUUCCAAGAAUAGAUUCAAUACGAGAAGUUGAGGAAAUUUCAAAUCUCGAGUGAAAAGGGGAAAACGUGCUGAGGGCAGCAGCUGAAUCUGCAUUAAUCCAAGUUUAUAUUAUUGUUAACGUGUUUGCGGAUUAAAUCCCUUUGUGAAAAGAAAACAAUAUAAGGAUAAAACAAGCGCAAAACUGCCUUCAUAGGAAAAACGGAGCGAGACCCUCGCUGGGUGGGCGAAAAAAGAUUAACCGUAACAAAAAGAAAAGUGAUUAUUGUGCCGUAGUGGAAAACUGUAUCGUGACAGAACAGCGGGAAAGUAUAAAGACCGGCGGAGACUGUAUACCGAAAAGGAACGCUAUUCUCCGGAGUGUAUAAAUGUUGAAGGAUUUGUUGAAUUCAUAAUUGUCUGCGCAAAGACAACAGCAAGCAAGUUGUCUCACGGUCGCGUUCCCAUCGCGGUCUGUUGCUCCAAUCCCGGCUUACCGGGACUUUCCAUUGAGUGAGGGUAAUAAAUCGUGAUUCGUGCUAGUGGGAAAGCAGAGAAAACACCCGAGAGCAGCUGACUUGACGCUUGGUACGAUCCGCUAUUAGUGCAGCCGUAAAUACAGACAGACGGACACAGAUAAAUAUUUAAACAAAUUGGUGAUCUCGAUUCCGAGAAAAAUAAUUUGCGGUCAAGCCAAACAAUUCGGAAUUAGCGCGUGUGGCAAGAACAAACAGAAGCAGCAGCAGAAGCAAUAGUAGUGAAAUGGUUCAAUUAGUGACGGCUGCUGCCGGAAGAUGGCGGCUAUGCGGUCGUAUCGGGCCAGCACUAUUCGCGUUGUUAAUUAUUUUCUUUACGACACUGGUGCCUGCCAGUAAUGCGAUGGGAUGCCCGCUGAAAUGUUCCUGCCGACAGCGUACGGUGCGGUGCGUCAAGCAGCAGCUCGAUAAGAUCCCGGAAAUGCCACUCGAUACCAGCAUUGUAGAUCUUCGCUACAAUCAUAUUCGAGAGGUUCCGUCGGAUGCGUUCGUCAACCUGGUUCAUUUGCAUACCGUAUUUUUGAACGAAAAUCAAAUCUCGCGGAUACACCCGGUUGCAUUCCGUGGUCUCCCGGCACUCAAAUAUUUAUACCUCAAUAAGAACAAAAUCUCGAACAUCGCAUCCGAUGCAUUUGAGUCGCUGGAACGGUUACAGAGCUUAUAUUUACAUUUCAACAAUAUUACCACAUUCGAGAGGCAAACCUUCUCCAAUAUGCCAGCCUUGGAGCGAUUAUUCCUGUAUGGAAACCAAAUCCGACAUAUUCCCGAGGGUGCUUUCGAGGCUCUGCCCGCCCUGAAACAUCUCCGACUGGACGACAACCCGCUGGAAUGUGACUGCUCGCUAGUGUGGUUCCUGAAGCUGCUGCAGCGCUCACAGCGGACUCUUCUCGCAUCCAGUGGAUGCAGAUCCCCGGAAGCUCUCGCCGGCAAAAGUGUAACCGAUCUGACCGAAGAGGAUUUCCACUGUACCAAACCGGAGAUUGUGACCGAGCCGAAAGAUAUCGAGAUAAGCGACGGCCAGACGGCAGUGUUCACAUGCAAAGCCGUCGGCGACCCCCGGCCGGAAAUUGUGUGGAUGCUGAACACGAACGAAAUCCACUCGGACGAUACCCGAAUCAAUGUGCUGCCGGACGGGUCGCUACGGAUCGACGAGGUCACUGCCACCGAUGCCGGCCGCUACGAGUGCAUGGCAAAGAACAACAUGGGUGAAGUGCAGUCCCGUCCGGCACGGAUGACUGUCAACAACGAGGUCAUCGAAACGGAGGCCGAGGCACCAAAGUUCAUACAGACUCCGCCGGCCGAACUGGAACUGACCGAGAACCAGCCAGUUGUGCUGCACUGUGUGGUGUCAGGAGCCCCGACACCGAGCAUACUGUGGAAGUUCAACAACCAAAACAUCCAGAAUGGCCGCAUCAAGCUGUUCGGCAAUGGGUCGCUGAUUUUGCCGGUGGCAACCUUGGACGAUGGAGGCGUGUACAGCUGCUACGCCGGAAACGCAAUCGGAAACGUGUCUGUCAACGCCACCGUACGCGUGAACGCGCUUUCACAUUCAACGUCAACUUCGCCACCGCCACCAGUGACUGACCCGGUAGCAUCCUCUUCAUUAGCCACAGCAGCUUUACCGCUUGAUGCAAUUACAACGCCACAGAGUGCAUCAUCAUCAGCUGCUGUUCCCCUUACUACUGCCGCUACACCCCCAACAGCCGCACCCCGAUUCACGCUGGUCCCGGAGAAUGUAACGGCCAAAACCGGUGCUCAUGUAACGCUCGAAUGCGAAGCGGACGGAAAUCCAUUGCCGCACAUCUGGUGGAAGCGCAACGGCCAACCGCUAGUCGAAACCAACCGGAUCUACCUCAGCGACGACGAUAUCGAGCUCACCAUCGAACACGUGAAGGAGUCCGAUUCGGGAACCUACGUGUGCGUGGCAGAAAAUGAACUGGGCAGUGCCGAAUCGGCCGCUGAAGUAGCCGUGAUAAACGAUGUAGGACCGCCAAAAUUCCUGUUCGAGCCGUACGAUUUGGAGGCCGUCGAGGGAACGACAAUUGAGCUGCCUUGCAAGGCUGAAGAGGGCGAUGACGUCCAGCAGACCAAAUGGCGGAAGGACGGUCGAACACUAACCCAAACCGACAAGUACCGUUUAUCAUCGGCCGGUAGCCUGUUCAUCUCCAAUCUUACCGAAGCGGACCAGGGUCGGUACGAGUGCUCGUUGCUGAACCAGUACGGACGCGCAACGGCCAGUGGAUUGCUGGCGGUUAAGAAAAAGCAGCAACUCCUUCCUGGCGACCAGUUCGUUCGGAUUGCCAUCGCCGAAGCAUCCCGUGAGGUUGAUCUUGCCAUCAACCAAACCAUCGUAAAACUCUUCUCCGGCAACGCCACCAAGGCACAACAUCAUGGCGACCUAUUCCGCAUCGUUCGAUUCCCAACCGGACCUGCCCGUGAACUGGCUCGAGCAGCGGAAGUCUACGAGCGUACCUUGGUGAACAUCCGAAAGCACGUGGAAUCCGGACAAAGUUUGACCACCAACACAACUGACUUCAACUACAACGAUCUUCUUUCGCCGGACUACCUGGAUCUUUUGGCUCAACUCUCCGGGUGCAUGGCCCAUCGAGUAACGCCCAACUGCACGGAUCUGUGCUUCCACGCAAAGUUCCGAACGUUGGAUGGAUCGUGUAAUAACUACAAGAAUCCUACGUGGGGAUCUUCUUUGACCGGUUUCCGUCGACUGCUGCCACCGAUCUACGAAAAUGGUUUCAACAUGCCGGUCGGUUGGAACAAAACGAAACAGUAUCACGGUUUUUCCAAACCCAGUGCACGGCUCGUGUCAACUAGUCUGAUAUCAACAAACGAGAUUACAGCGGACGAUAAGAUCACGCACAUGGUUAUGCAAUGGGGACAGUUUUUGGAUCACGAUUUAGAUCACGCGAUUCCUUCGGUUAGUUCGGAAAGCUGGGACGGAGUGGACUGUAAGAAGACUUGCGAGUACGCAGCCCCAUGCUAUCCGAUUGAGAUUCCGGAAAGUGAUCCAAGGGUGCACAACCGUCGCUGUAUCGAUUUUGUGCGAUCGAGUGCCGUUUGUGGUUCGGGAAUGACUUCGAUAUUCUUCGGAACGGUACAACCCAGGGAACAGAUCAAUCAACUGACGGCGUUCAUUGAUGGUUCCCAGGUUUAUGGAUAUUCGGAGAGUUUUGCGAGGGAUUUAAGAAAUUUGACGACCGAUGAUGGAUUACUGAGAGAAGGACCACAUUUUCCGAACCAAAAGUCUCUGCUGCCGUUUGCGGCACCUACCGACGGAAUGGAUUGCCGGAGGAAUCUGGAUGAGAGCAAGGUGAAUUGCUUUACUGCCGGUGACAUUCGCGUUAACGAACAGGUAGGAUUGCUAUCUAUGCAUGUCAUUUGGUUUAGAGAGCAUAACCGAAUCGCUAGAGAGUUGAAAAAAAUUAACCCACAUUGGGAUGGUGAUAAGAUUUAUUUCGAAACCAGAAAGAUUGUUGGAGCGGUUAUGCAACAUAUAACUUAUUCCCAUUGGCUUCCGGAGAUUGUUGGCAAUCGAGGCAUGGUUUUGCUCGGAGAAUACAGUGGGUACGACUCGGGAAUAAAUCCAUCUAUUUCUAAUGAGUUUGCGACAGCAGCUCUGCGAUUUGGACACUCACUAAUCAAUCCGAUUCUCCAUCGUCUGAACGAGUCGUUUGAACCGGUAACGCAAGGUCACCUUCCGCUACAUAAGGCGUUCUUCGUUCCUUGGCGAAUCGUAUACGAAGGAGGAGUUGAUCCGCUAUUACGGGGUUUGUUUUCUGUUCCGGCGAAGCUCAAGAAACCAAAUCAAAACUUGAAUACUGAUCUGACAGAGAAACUGUUUGAGACAGCUCAUGCCGUGGCAUUGGAUUUGGCGGCUAUAAAUAUUCAGCGAUCAAGGGAUCAUGCACUACCAGGAUACAACAACUAUCGAAAGUUCUGCAACAUGAAAGUAGCUAGUUCGUUCGACGAUCUUAAGCAAGAGAUUGCAAAUGAUUCAAUUCGUAAUAAAUUGCGGGAGCUCUAUGGGCAUCCGGAUAACAUCGAUCUGUGGGUUGGUGGCAUUCUAGAAGAUCAAUUACCCGGAGCAAAGGUUGGGCCUCUGUUUAUGUGUUUGUUGGUGGAACAAUUUAAGAAUCUACGGGAUGGCGAUCGUUUCUGGUACGAGAAUGAUCAAUUUAAACCCGAACAGUUGGCUCAGAUCAAAAAGGCAACGCUAGGACGAAUGUUGUGCGAUAACGGAGACAACAUCACGCGUGUAACCGACAACGUGUUCGUGCUACCGAGCAAGCAAGGCGGUUACAAAUUCUGCGAUCAGAUUUCUCAGAUGGACUUUGAACAUUGGAUCGAUUGCAGUGAUUGCUCAAGGCACCACAAGCGAUACACUCCACUUUCAAGGCAGCGAAGAUCUGCCCGUGCUAAGAGAGAUAUUAAGCCACAGCUCACAAAGAAUUCGGAACCGGAGAACCACCUGGAUGAGGAUUCUUUUAUUGACGAUGAUAUGAACGAGGAACGAAUCGAGGGUCUCGAAUCUUUAAUAGAGAGCUUCCAGAAAUCGAUGAAGCAGAUGCGAAGGAAGAUUCGACGGCUGGAACAGCAGUGUUCGGCAGCCGCAGCUGCUGCAGUGGGAACUAAUGAAGGAGGCGUGAGUUCAACGAAAGGAAAGCCUCAUGGACAUUGUGUGGAUAACAAGGGCAUCAAACGACUGAACAAUGAAAUCUGGAUGCGAGAUGAUUGCACAAAGUGCGAAUGUGAGCAUCACCAAAUAAGUUGUGAGACCGAAAAGUGUGCGGAAUUGAUCUGCGAAAAUGGACUGGUACUGAUGAAGGAGGAUGGGAAGUGCUGUUCCACGUGUGCAGUAGACGACAGCGAACCGGUGGUAACCGCGAAGGAAAUGCAGUAAGCGGAGAUUUUCAGGUACUGAUAGUGAUGCCGAGUUGGAAGUUUAGGGUUUAGAUUUCGAGUUAGAAGUUGAUAACGUUUUUUAGAUAUUCUGCUAGAUGUUCAGUUCUCCUGUCUUUGCAGUAUCUUGGAUAUGUGACUAAAAUUGUGUCUUUCAAUGAUACAUUGCAGCGGAGUUAUAGCUUUACUUUAAUUUCAGAGAUUUCAGACUAUAACUGCUGUUCUAUACAUAUCCUCAUAUCAUCGGAAUUCACGAAAUUAAGUUUUCAUGUUGCAAUAGCAGAGGUUCAGUUGAGAAAUAUAGUAACACACUUUCACGUUAAUAUAGCUACUUUCACUCAAUCCUUAAGAUUUAGUACUAGCUAAGAACAGCAUGCAGUUUCCAUUGACAACAUUGCAGAUAAAAAUAUCAAAUUCAAUAAACAACCGCCGAAAUAAACACUUAUUUCUGGAACAAUUAAAUAGAUUUAGCCUUACACAUUUUAGCAGUGAGUUGUGGUAUUAAAAUAAUCAAAAUGAGAAUAGGAGCAUUUACCGUCAUUGGAACUUCCGCCAAAAUCAGUAUGAUUUUAAUUAUGUUUUAGCAAUUCCAUGAACGUUAAUUAAAUAUACAACAGAAAAGAAAAACUUCUAAUCAAUGAACCAUCAGAAACAAUUACUAUUAUACAUAUAAGCAGUUUUGUACUAUCAUGAAACCUUCUCAACCUUACAAACGACUCGCACUGAUUCUGGGGCAAACUUUCGUCUACAAAGUAUUCUCAAACCAUAAUGCAGAAUCAAAACAAGGUCUUAGAGAAAAAUCAAAAUAGAUUAAAUCUGACCAAAUGAUGUGCGAUUCGAGCAAGAACACCCAAUCUAGCAUUUAAGUCGUGAUAUCAAAGAUAUGACAAGGAAUUGUCAUCAAGUAAUAACAGUAGUAAGUUACACAAGUUUUACCAAAUCCGGUACGUCAGAUUGGACAUCAAACUUAAACCGCAUAAAACAAAAUAUAAAAAAAGAUUCGAUUCAAUAAAAACAAACAAUUUUACUCUCUUUUCGAAAUAA